AACAAUCCUCACCAUCUCCAACAAUAUCCAGACCAGCUUCAGGAGGGCGCUCAGUCCUGACUGCCCGGAAUCCGCCGGAACGAACCACACUACGCAAUUCCAACGUUUUCGACGGCACCGUGCUUAAGUACGUACGUGCGGUGUUUUGAUCGGGAGCGCAACUUGCAAGGAGGCUGGCCACCAUGGCUAAGAGCGAGAGCAACAUGGUCAGCUCCAGCGGCUGCUCUAAUGGAGCACAUAAGAGGCUGCUGCAGCAUGAUAGCAGUGGUGGAGGCUAUGCCCAACAGCACGCCAAGAAGAAGGCUCGCAUCGGCAUGAGAACAGACUACACAUAUGCACCGUAUCAUGAUGGCUUCCAGUGGAGAAAAUAUGGGCAGAAGAUGAUCCGGGGCAAUGCAUUCCCAAGAUGCUACUACCGGUGCACGUACCACCAGGAUCUUGGCUGUCCGGCAAGCAAGCACGUGGAGCAGCACAACUCCGGGGACCCUCCUCUGUUCCGGGUGGUCUACACCAACGACCACACAUGCAGAGGCGCGGCCGAUGCCGCCUCGGAGUACAUGGCUUCGUCGAUGCACAUCCAGCAGAUCGCCGAUGCUUCCCUGAGAAAGGUACCGGAGGUGGAAACUAAGCCGGCGCCGCUCACGCAGCUGGCUCGUUGCGGCCGUGGUUUCGCCGCCGCGAUAAAAGAAGAGAAAGACGCUAUCAUCUCCUCCCUACUCACCGUCAUCACAGGCGGCUGCGACGACAACAUCGUGAAAUCUGACCACUCCGCGCGUGUGAACUACAGCGAUUCGUUGUUGGCUAGUAACUGCUACAGGGAUUCACCGGCGAUGGCCGGAGGUAGCCAUGACGGCAGCAGUGGCUCCUCGGUUUCGCCAGUGGUGCUGCCGGCGCACCAUGACCUAGGGCUGGACUUCAUGGUGGACUCCAACUGGUUCGAGCCUUUGGAUUUGGGUUGGUUCCAGUGAAUAGAUUGAGUACUUAAUUUGAGCGUGUGCAUUCACCUAUCCAUUUAUAAGAUGUCCUUUUUUGUUUGAGAUGUGGUGGUACAUAUGUGCUCUCACCAUGUCCCAAAUUUAGGUAGAAGUGAGACUCUAGCUUGGUGGGUGAGUUCCUAACUAUUUUUUCCUCACCAUUGCACCGUAGAAGAGUUCUCCAUGAUGUCGCUCGCUCAUAUCUCUCUCUCUAUAUAUGUAUAGAACAGACAGGGAGUAUGUACAAGUCUAAU